AUGGAAUCGUCGGAGCGCUUUUUAUCAUUAUUAAUCAUGGCAGACCCGAUAGAUUGGACAAUGAUACCAUGGGCAGAGAAGGAUCAGGCGGUGCCCCACUCGCCUGAGCCCGAUGUUUCUCCUCUUCUUGAGGUUCCAAUACCACUGUCCCCUUUAACCUCAUACGAGGAACCCUAUGAGGAGGAUGAUCCCUUAGACCAAGUUGGAGAUUCUGAUGAGCAUGUAGAUGUAGAGACUGAUCCUGUUAAAGAGGAGACUGAGUUUGUUGAUUACUCUUAGUGGGAGGAUCAGGAGCCCGAGGUAGAAAGAGAGAC